AGUAGGCUAAAGAACAGUUGUACCCUACAGUUAGUUCUCGCUUUGAGGUGUCAAUAGGGCAAUUAAUUCGGAUAUAGAAUAAGAAAUGAUUUUCAAUGAAAAAGGUUCCAUUAGGAUGACAUUUUCCAUGGUGAUGUUAGCGUGCAAGGAGACAAACUGACAUCUACACACAGUAAACUUUGUCCAACUUUGGCUCAUCUUCCCGACAACAUCACCUGACUGAGUGAUUGCUGGUUAAUGAUUAAAAAAGCAUAAGAAUAUAUAGGCGCGCAUCGUCUCUUGACUAGUCUGUGUAGGCCUACAAGUACGGUAAGUCCGAUAACGCGCAACUGCAGCAUAUAUACAUGUAUUCGACAGAUGUAUUCCUUAGGUUAAAACCCCUAAAUGUAACGAGGACAUUUUAAACUAGGCCACAUUGUUACUUCCUCCUCCGCCCCCUUCAACGCAUGAAAAAACGAAACUGAACAUCUCUGAAAUUCUAUCAUCACUGAGAGGAGAGCGUUGAGCAACUGAGAAGAAAGACGCUUCGACUGACUGAGAUUUGAAGAAAUGGCAUUUUAUAACCAAGAACCUUUUCAUAAUCCGAGACUCCCUUUCACCGGCACUAUCCAAGGUGGGCUGCAGGAGGGGAAGACGAUCACUAUUACUGGGAAACUUCACCAUGGGGCAGACAGGUUCCAUGUGAAUUUGCAGUGUGGUUCUAGGGCAGGGGCGGACAUUGCCCUUCAUUUCAACCCACGAUAUGACAGUCACCCUGGAUAUGUGGUGGCCAACACCUUGCAGCAGUCCAGAUGGGGGACAGAGGAGCGGAAGCAGCAUUCCCCCUUUCAGCAUGGCUCUGGCUUCAGCCUCGUGAUCACCGUCCAGAGGGACGGCUUCCAGUUGAAUGCGAAUGGGAAACAUUUCAUGACCUUUAAGCACCGUAUUCCAUUUGACGCAGUGGACACCAUCUCAGUCGAGGGAAAAGUGGAGGUGACCUCCAUCGUCUUCCAGAACCCUGCACCCACCUUACCUGCACAGCCAGGAUUCCCUUCUUAUCCGGGAUUUCCGGCGCAACAGGGAUUUCCGGCACAACAGGGAUUUCCUUCUCACCCGGGAUUUCCUGCGCACCCGGGAUUUCCUGCGCACCCGGGAUUUCCUGCGCAACCGGGAUUUCCUGCGCAACCGGGAUUUCCUGCGCAACCGGGAUUUCCUGCGCAACCGGGAUUUCCGGCGCAAACGGGAUUUCCGGCGCAAACGGGAUGUCCAGCUGUUCCAUACAAGAACACGAUCAAUGGUGGACUCUACCCUGGACGCACCAUCAACAUCCAGGGAGUGGUUAACCCCAAUGCAAAUAGGUUUAAUGUUAACCUACUCUGCAACUCUGAGAUUGUGCUGCACUACAACCCCCGAUUUGACGAGACCCUAGUGGUACGCAACAGCAGGCUGAGGGACCAAUGGGGAAAGGAGGAGCGCUCUGGUGGAAUGCCCUUCCACAGGGGCCAGGCCUUCACGCUGUCUAUUACCUGUGAGGCUCAGUGCUACAAGAUAGUGGUCAACGGGAAUCAGACGAGCACCUACAAACACCGCCACACCCUCCUUCAGCAGGUCAACGUUCUGGAGGUGGAUGGAGACCUCAGCUUGACCUCCGUGAUGGUUUAGGGCUGUGGGUCACAACUGUGACUCAGCCACUUGUUUAAUUUUGUGGCACCUCUGACCCAAACCACCACAUAUCUUUUUGAUCUGUUCUUGCCGCAAUAAACAUUACAUUCACUUUG